AACAGCAAGGCAUCGUCACGACUGCACUUCAGCCUCAAAGCCCCAGCGGGUCCGUCUGAUACAACAUUCUUCACUUUCACUCCGUUUACAUGUUCAUUAACCCCGGUUUCACAAAGGGGAAUGUUCAGAUUCGGAACAUUGAAUCAACGAUGAUUAUUUAACGGAGCAUUUUACAGGUUCAGGAGUGGUCUGUUGCUCCAAAGAUGCUGAGACUGUCCCGAAAGAAGGCUGUGAAUUUAGUAAAGGAGCUGGAUGCUUUCCCCAAGGUGCCUGAGAGUUAUGUGGAAACAACAGCGAGUGGAGGAACCGUGUCUCUCAUUGCCUUCACUGCCAUGGCACUGCUGGCCUUCUUUGAAUUUUUUGUCUAUCGGGACACGUGGAUGAAGUACGAAUAUGAAGUGGAUACGGAUUUUUCUAGUAAAUUAAGAAUAAAUAUAGACAUCACAGUCGCCAUGAGGUGUCAAUUUGUGGGUGCAGAUGUGUUGGACCUGGCUGAAACUAUGGUAGCAUCCGACGGCUUGAAGUAUGAACCGGUUUUGUUUGAGCUGUCUCCUCAACAGAGACUAUGGCAUAGGACACUCCUGCUGGUUCAGAACAGGCUGCGUGAGGAGCACUCCCUCCAGGACGUCCUCUUUAAAAACGUGAUGAGAGGAGCCCCCACUGCACUGCCCCCAAGAGAGGACAUUCCCUCACAGCCACCCGACGCCUGCAGGAUACACGGACACCUCUACGUUAAUAAAGUGGCCGGAAACUUCCACAUCACGGUCGGCAAGGCCAUCCCACAUCCAAGAGGCCAUGCUCACUUAGCUGCACUAGUCAGCCAUGAAACUUACAACUUCUCCCACCGAUUAGACCACUUAUCCUUCGGCGAGGAAAUCCCAGGCAUCCUGAACCCGCUGGACGGCACUGAGAAAGUGUCCACAGAUCAUAAUCAGAUGUUUCAGUACUUCAUCACCAUUGUACCGACUAAACUGGAAACCUACAAACUGACAGCGGACACGCAUCAGUACUCCGUCACGGAACGGGAGCGUGUGAUAAACCACGCAGCGGGAAGUCACGGCGUCUCGGGAAUUUUUAUGAAGUAUGAUUUCAGCUCGCUCAUGGUCCGGGUAACAGAGCAGCACAUGCCACUGUGGCAGUUCCUUGUGCGUUUAUGCGGCAUUGUCGGGGGCAUCUUCUCUACGACAGGCAUGCUGCACAACCUGGUUGGAUUCGUUGUAGAUGUCGUCUGCUGUCGCUUUAAACUCGGAGUCUAUAAGCCUAAACAGGUCAGUGUCGUGGACGGCCAUGCAAACAGCCGGACGCCUCUACUGUCAGAGAACGGUGGACUCUAGCAGCUCCGUGUUGGUUCCCCCUGUACCCGAGGAUCUUCUCCAUCUGAGACGCAAGCACACUACGGGACUAAAGUAGCAAGCAGCUCGCCACAAAUAAGCUGACUUCUCUGGCAGUGUAGUAUCGCGAAGGGCCGCCUGCUCCAAGCACAUAACUGUAACUCAGGCUGUAAACAAAAGUAUUGAUUGUUUGCUCUCAUUACCAACAGAACACUUUAGCAUUUCCGUCAUUAUGAUAACCGUGUCGAUCCUCCAUUCCCACACUCGGCAAUCGUAGGGAUACGUUACGUCCUGAGGAACCAUUCUUUUUUUAUUCGAUUAGUAGUUAUUGUGCUUGUGAGAGGCAGCGCUUUCCUUCUGAAACCAGCCUAAGAGUUUAAACAUCAUGUUUUAGACUGAUUUAUUUUCCUUCUCUUUCAUCCAGCCAUCACUGCAGUAUCAUCCACAUUUUACCCAGAUAUUUUAUUUUUUAUAUACUUUUUUUUUUUUCCCUUUCUAUAAUAUCAAUGCCACUCAAGAUGUGACUCUUCUACCAUUAGCCAUAAAUGAUAAACCGUCGCUCGGAAAAUAAGUGAUGUGAUUUUAAUCCGGCGAAUCAGGAAAACGUGCAAGAUGCAAUGGAUCAUAGCAGUAUUAUGAUUUAUGAGGAAGUCACGUUGUGUUGAGCCGCAAUCGAUUUAAGAUGCGUGUGGAGACGGUGAUGUAGCUUGUUUUUUGGACACUUUCCUCAGCAGCUGAAUCAUCUUUCUGAGAGUUAUUUUGUGAAAAAUAACUGGUAUAGGAAGAGAAUGAGGAAAGGAAAGGAAAAUUCAGAGAACUUGAACUCUGGGUGGUUUCUGCUUCGUUUUAGACAGGUGGAGUACUUGGGUAGCACUGGAGGUUGUUAUAUAGUGGCUAUGAGGCUUAUAGAGAAUGAGCUGAGGAUGUGAUUAGGAUAGGAUGUUAACUUCUGAUCUUCACGUGAAAGGUUUUAGACAUUAAACAUCACAGAAGUGUGAUGGUAAUAAAUUUUCCACGGAAGCAUAUUUUAAACACUGUUUAUAAAUGGUUUUUUCCCCCUUUCUUUUGACUAUUGUAUCACCCUUUUACACACAUCACCAUACUGUUUGUCCCGAACCAGAGGGGUUUGAUUAAGAAUGGAAUUUGUACACACAUCUGAUGGACCGUCUGUGCUUGUGUUGGUUUGAAUCCCUUCCCCUGAUGCAAGUCUUGAUAAAAAAAUCUUGCUUUCUUGU